AUGCUUAGAACAACUAAGUUUGGGCAUCAAGUGAAAUUUCAUUACCAUUGGGGAAAACGAGACUUGACCUCAUUGAACCCUCUUUACCAAUUUGGUCUGGAAUUAAUCAACCGCUGGUACGGUGUGGUCUUGAGAGUUUACAGCGAAUUACGAAAUAGCGGUAAAGUUCUCAAUAGCUUGCUGGACAGCUCAAAAGGCAGAACACAUGGGCAGAUACAGGUGGCUUCAUACAACAUUGAAAUCAACUCACAUUUACCUGUCAUAUACAUCGAGGAAGAUGAAAGUGGAGAUGACAUCGUGAAGUAUUAUUUUCUGGAUAGAACAAGGACCGGAUGGGGUGAAAUUGCCCUACGACAAGUACAACUAAGACUUGACCUUAUUGAACCGUCAUUAGCGAUCUGGUCUGGAUCUAAUUACCCCCUGACAGGGUGUGGACUUAGGUGUUUACAAAGCAGUGACUGUGUGUCUUUAUUGUACAAUUCUACAGAUAAGUCUUGUAAGCUUUUUCAAGUAAUAUACAACGUGGAGGAUGGAGGGGGUGACACUGUAAAAUAUUUCAUACUGGAUGAAGGCAGUACACGCCGGGUACCAGAGUCUUGUCAGGAUAUCGCCUCCAGUACAGGAAUAACGAAGAAUGGCGAGUACUGGAUAUAUCCUCAAGCAACGAACAGAAAAAGAGUGAAGAUAUUUUGUUACAACAUGGCAUCUAAUCCAACUGAAUACAUAACGUUGGGGAGCCCGACUUCUUUCAUUCAACACGAUCAAUCGAACUGGCCAAUUAUGUGGCAGCAGUGUCAGUCUAGUUACACACUACCUCUAAAGACGGUGUAUUUCAAAAAAGUUGGAAUAAAAAUUCAGAACAUGGAAGUUAAUGGAUUGGACUACACUUUUACUUUGCUGACUGGCACGCCUACGAUACCGUACGGAGAAAUCAGAGAUUGUAACGGUGAAGCAUUCCGGAAUCCCUGUCCACAUUUCGCAAGUGCAACCAUCAACACUAAAGGAACCGGACUUGUUAUUGAUCCUUCUCUAACGUGGGGAGUUAUUGAUGGCAGUUACCCAGAGAUCAGAAAUUUUCAAAAAUCAACCGAUGAUUCCGAGAUUUCAUUUACCUGUGCAGGAUGGUGUGCAAGAUGUGGACCAAAGUCAGGACCCAUUACAUUUCAAGUGUCAAACGAAUUUAUAUCAGCUGCAGAUGCUCAAGCCAUAGUCUGUCAUAACUAAACGUUUAUAUACCUUCUCUAUCACUGAAGACUGUUCAAUCCAGGAAUAAUAUGUAUGGAUGUCUGUAACA